AGUGGAAGUUUCAUUGUUUUUGCUACUGGGGUCAAACAGAGAGACUUUGUUGUUAAAGCUGAUUGAACAACUGCGAAAUGCUCCUCAAUAACCUCCAAAUUGAUAUGUAGAAGACUUUGAAGAGGUUAUAUCAAUGUUCGGAGCUGGAUUUGAAUGAAAGAGGGCAAAAAAUGAGGCUUUGAGUCCCCACAUUCCUCCUGUCUGAGGCUGAGUUAACCGUCGGCUUACUGUCUGUAAGUCUUUGUUUUCUACUAUCAAUGCUGCUUAAAUUUACCAGAAGACAUUGAAAAUAACAUUCUUAUCGAUGUGUACACAGUUUGACGCCUUGUGUGCUUACACAAGGCAGAAAAAAACAGCACAUCAGGAGCUAGUAUAAUAUCGGUAUGAGUUAGUUAGCUCGCUGGCUCGGCAGUGUUAGCCUACAUCCUGGGGUCAGUGUGAGCCCCCAAAAUAAGGUUUUUUUUUCUCAACUAAUUUACUUUUAAAAAAUGUUUACACCAGUGAAGCAUUUCUUUUCAUCUGCCCAUUUCAAUACCUCAGGCUGUUUUUAGUUUUCACUUAAUAUAUUAUCAGGUACUAAGCCUUUCUAUUGUGUUCAAGCUCAUAUAGUCAUGUUUCAUAUAAGCAGGGGCGCGUCCAGACCCUCUGAGAUAGGUGGCUCCAACCAGGACACUUAGCCCGGGGAGGGGUGUAAUCUCCUGAGUUUCAUUCCUAAGACACAAUUUGAAGUACUAAGUCUUGCCAGUAAAACUUAUACCCACUCUCUAUCAGUCAAAAAUGUAUCUGAAACCUUGCAAAUUCAUGUAUUUUUGACAGUUUGUGUUCUGGGGGUUGCUUGCAGCUCAGUGCCUCCCCUGGACACAUGUAAUGUGGAAAAAAGUACAAAGAGUUUUUCUACAGUUGAGAGUAAGGGUUGGACAAAAUAUUAAUUGAAAUACAUUUAAACGUAAAGCAUGAUUAGAACCAGAGGCAGCCCAUGGCAGCCGCUGGUCCGACUCCUGGCCAUUUACUUUAUGUCUCCUCCACCAUCUCCUCCCCACAUUUCUUGUCUUUGAUGAGAACGUAUUUUGCCAGUUCUGAUAAAACUGCUGAUACAGCUGUAUCCACUCUUAUCUCUUCACAGGCUGCCAUUGUAAACAGGCACACCACAAUUAAACAUCCCUGUAGCUACUGCCUCCUUUUUUUAAUUCAUGCUGAUUGGUUCAGUUAUUUUCUGACCAGUAACGACCAUAGAUUGUAUAUACUAUGGACAACUUGGUUCCGCCCACUGCCUGUAUAUGGAUUUGAAGCCAAAUAGCUCUCGGUAUUUCCGGGACUUUUCUUCAUUUCCUGAAACCAGCACUGCGCAAUAGCGAUGCACGCAUUCAGGCACGCAGUCGCCUGGACAGGCUGUGAUGACGCUCGGCUCAAACAGCGUAUCCCCCCAGGAGACACACUCGCUGAACACGCAUAGGCUGUAUCAGGUGUCAGUCAUAGAAAACAUGAACCCCCGAAUAACUUUUAAAAAUGGAGCUUCACAGAAAAAAGAGGACUUGAGCACAAACCAGUCUUACAGUAACUACAUGUCAACAUCACAAGCAGGAGGGAGAAAAAUUUAUGUUCUGUGUAAUAAAUUUCUAAAGUUUAUCCACAGCUCCAUAAGCUUUGCAGAUAGAGGCGGGAUUUAUGACCUAUACUGCAGCCCGCCAACAGAGGGUGCUGUUCCCAGAGUGGCUUCACCCAGCAAAGAGGCGGACUCUGACAUGUCAUCCAGCUGAUCUUCUUGAUCCUCUGGUGGUUACUGAUGUGUUUUUUAACUUUGUUUAAUGAUCAAAGUUAAGACUGCUGACAGGUUUUUUGGACCCAACCCUUUUAUGUUCUUACUAGGGAUGGGCGAUAUCGGCUAAAAAAAAUUAUCACAAUAAGUUUGGCCAUUCUGGCGAUAAUGAGUCCUUAUAAAAAAUAUUACAAUUCCUAUCCAUGUUUUUGACUCAAUCUGUCUUGAGGACACCAGUUGGCAUAGUCAAAUAAAAUACUUAACUACAAGUUUAAGUGGUAGGUUAUAGGAAGAACUAGUGAUAUGUAAAAAUAUGUAAAACAUUUGUUGAAAACUCUUAUUGCACAGAGUGAACAGCAGCAGAUCCACUGUCUGAUGUCAGGCAUACCUGAUUGCACUCAUCUAAACCCCAAUCUUGAAGGAAAUCCCUCAUGUAAAGCUUCAUUUAGCAACAGGCUGCUCAGAGACGUCUUCUUCACCACCUUUGGCCAUGUUUGUACUUCUGCUCUGUGUGGAUUAUGGCUGCAAGUCAGUUGCUCGUGCUUACGUCAUCAACUUGCAUUUAUUGCGUUUAUCAUAAGUUGGCAAAUAUUUUUUAUAAAGUGAAUAUAAUAUUUGUGGAGGAAUUUUCUGACAAUAAAUCAUUAACAAUAAUUUAUCGCCCAUCCCUAGUUCUUACUAUCCUGAAAGUCUCGAUGCUCUUGCGGGUGAUGAUUCUUGAGAUGUACUUUUAAACUGGUAGUGCCAAAGAGGUGUUUUUUUGGUCCUCCUCACACCCCCUGUCCUUCACAAACAUUGCAGUUAUCUGGGGUGUCUGUUUCUGACACUUCACAAUAUUUCUGCACAGCUGAUUGUUGUUGUGGGAAAGGUGUCAGUCAGGGAAAGGUGUCCGUCAGAACAUGUAAUCAGAAAUGUUCAUGCUUUUAUCUUCCAAUAAUGAUGUUAUGCCAAUAAUAUCAUAGUUAUCCCUGCCACCAAAUAUGAGAUAAGAUAAGAAGAACUGUAUUUAUCCCUGAGGGGAAAUUGGAUAUUGAUAUUGUAGUUUAAAAUUAACAUGCACUCUACCUCAUGGCGCAUUUUAUGUUUUUUGAUCAGAUAUUAUUGUGUCUUGUCUUGCAGUUGUAUGUUGAAACAUUUCUGCUGUAUUAGUACUUAUCGGUGAUGCUGUGUAAUUACAUGGUUAACCUAAUCAAAUAGCUGCAGCUUCUUCUUAUUUGGAUAUUACAUUUGGCAAUGCUGCAAUUAUUUUAAUUGUGCAGCUCUGUAUCACACCCGCGAUGUGCACCCUUGACCUUGGCUCUCAGUUUGUAGUAGCAGUGGGAAAAAAGUGCUGUAUUUAAAUGUUUUUUUUUUUUCUGAUAGCCUGUUGCAAGUCAUCCUAAAUGGUUGAUUUUUACAUAAGUUUUGCCUCUGGUUAAGUAAACAGCCAAUCACAGGUCAGGAUUUCGGAGCGGCAUCUUGGGAGGCAAAAAGUUAAAAAAUGACAACAGGAACUUUAUACUGUAUGUGCUAAAGAGUUUUCCCAGAAGUUUUUCCCAGACAGGGCAUCACCUGAUUUGUAACCCAGGCUGUGUAGCAACAGAAGUGUGUUAUCUGCAGGGAGAUGUGCAACUUUUCUUUCGUUUGACUUUCUUUUUAUGUAAAUAUGUUAAUAGUCAUAUCAAACGUAGUACUUAUACACUCGAGACAAAUCCAGAACGAAUCAACAUUUAUUUAUUUUUUCACAUAGGUUUUUAAAAAUCAUAAAUAUCAAAGUGUUCACUGCUCUCUACCUGGUUUUGCUCACUCUUUUUUUUUUUGUUCAUUGCAGAUAACCAGGCUGCAGAGUGCCCCCUGUGUCCGCUCUCAGCCCCCCUGUAGCUGUAUAUUUACAGGUGCAGCUCCGAUAUGACUAAGAGAAGCACGUCUCUGCAGCUUGUCAAAAGGUAUGUUUAAAACAUACUGUCCCUCACUAUAAAUCCGAUAAAAAGCAGCUGAGGCAGAGGUGGGUUGUCAAAUGAUUUGCAGCAGGAAGAGUAGACAGGCCAAAGCAAUUUCAAUAGAACACUUAUUUUGCCUUUUGUGAUAAGAUGAGUAGAAUUUGCUGUCAGCUGAUAUGGGUUUAGCUUGACUUAGUGGCAUGCCUUAAGUGACACCGUGCUUAUUCUUUUUUUUUUAAACAUUACAUAAAACGUGUGCUACAUCUUUUUAAAUCACAGUCAUGAGAGUUGCAGCUUUUGCAAGAAUGUGCUAUAUGUAUCCAUGUGAUACACUAUACAUUAAAAAAAGAUGCAAUAAAUUGAGAUUAUAAUCCAGAAGAUGUUAGUGAAGGUAAAGAGUGAUAUGAGUCUGAUGCAAGUUUUUUUUAGGAAGGUAAGUAAAAUGAUGUAAAAAUGACCAUUAAAAGACUCUGACUCUGUUGUUAGCUUUGCUUCUUGCAUUUAGAAUUAGACCUGGGUUUUGAAGUGGAAAAACUAUGUGUGUGUCCUUGAAACUGCACAUACUCUCAUGCUGGUUUUGCUGUAACAGGUACACAUGGUUCUGUUUUUACUCCACUGGGUGCUUGUGUGAAUGUGGGCAAGCUCAUGCAUGUUGCCCAGUGAGUCCACAUAGUUGUAUGUUCACGCAGGGUGUGGAUGGUCUGCUCUUUACAGGUGGACAUCAGCUGAUCACCAGAUAUACAGUACCUCACACACUUUUUACUCUUUACAUUUUUUAACAUAAUCUUGUUCACUUUAUCAUAACGUCUUUCAUACAAAUGACUGCAAAGAUGACUAUUCUCUUGUUUUUACUGGCUGUUUAAUAGACUGUAAAGAUGUUAGAGUUUAUUGAAGACAAACUAAUUAAAUCAAUUUCAGUACACCAGGUCAUUAUGCCAUUUAAGAAAAAAAAAUGUCUCAACUGGUGAAAAAUGAUAGAUGUGCCGAAAGGCUGUUUUUCUUUGUAGCUGUUCACAGUCUGAGUCAAGAUGUUUGAUGUGUGUUGAUACUGUACAUUUUAAAAUUGUGUCAAGUUAUUGUUGAAGGGCAACAAUAACUUGAGACAUUGUGAUUUUUAUUAAGAUUAAAAUGACUGAUGCUUUUAUGUGUGAUUGGAAAAUAUGCUGAGGAAACCAAAUUAAAAGAUAAUCACAGAAACCUCAGAACAGAUGAUAAACCUCGUAAAAAAUGUAGCUACUGUCUUUCAUGCUUGAUAGCUGAAGAUUCUUAAAGGUGCAGCUGUGCUGCAAACAUACCCUGGAGGGAUAUUUCAAUUACUACAAUUUAUUCAACAAAAACUCACAGAGCUCAAACAGAAAGUGUCUCUGCAGAGUCAGUGGCUGUGUCUACAUGCAGUCAAUAUUCUGGUUAAGGUCAAUAUUCCGGUUUCUGAAACAUUAGAAAUAACCGUACACAAGCGUCAACAAACAGGGUUAUUCCUGUUGACAUGGUAUCCCGAUCAAAACAGUGACGCACGGACAACAUCUCAAUACACAGAGAACGUCAUGACGCAAUGCGUAUCUAGGACUUCCAAAAGACCAAGAUCUCUUGCGAACAGAACAUGCACAGAACACAAAUAAAUGUUCCUUUUGAUGGGGAUAUCCCAAUAGGUGAAUACAUGACCAAAUAUUCGGGUUAGAAAAGGAGUAACCCAGGGGUGGGGUUUUGAAAAAAUAGAAUAUGAGCAUAUUCCGUUUUGUUUUUUUUUUCAAAAGGGUUAUUGGUGUUUACAUGGGCGUGCGCAACCGGGUUAUUGCUAAUAUUCUGGUAAUGAAAGGGUUAAUGACUGCAUGUAAACAUAGCCACCACCUUUACCUUAGUUUGCUGCUGUGCAUCUCAAAUUCUGGCCAAUUCCUGUUACCUACCUGCUGACAGUCAACACAUGAUUUUCAGCAAUCAGAACACAAGAGACCAGCUCUUGUGUCAUUAAACAUGGAUAAUAUUAGUGUUUAUUGAAUAUCAUAACAUUGAUGGAGAGAAAGAACAUCACCAAAUAAACAGGGACAAUAUAAAGGCCUAUUUUGUAUUGUUUUUGUACAACCGGCUGUGAUACAUUGACUGUUUUUCCAUAUGUGUAUCACUCGUGAUUUAAAUGACAACAGAAAGAAGUAAAACUGUGUUUUCAUCGGACACGUAGAAUAGAUAUUGAAUUGUUUGUGUACAAGGGGAUGCAGGGAAAGACAGAUUCCAUGUCACUUCUCCUAUGUGCUUAGCUUAUGCAUUUCAGAAGGAUAUUCUAUCAUUGGAAAUAUUACUGUUCGACUUCAAGGCACAAAGUUUGACAGUUUUAUAUAAAAAUCAAAGUUAACCCUGCUGUAGAUUUCUUUUGUUCAGAGCCUUUUCGCAAGUAGAAAAUACUUAGGAAAUUUAAGUCCUCACCCUGUGGUAAAGUAAUGUGUUAAUAAGGAUUCCUGUUGUUCACCUCUCACCUGACCUUCAUGCACUCCUGGCAGAGGUCUGGACUCCACUCAGUGCCCCUCUCUGCUGUAUGCUGUGUGUUGACAUAGAGUAUAAGGUUUGUUAUUGGCCAAUAUGUUGUAUUUCAGCUCUUUAUUAUUUUUUUUACUUCUUGAACAGCUGAACACAUAAUGAUUUGAUAUUCUGUUAUUGGGCUCAGCAGCCUUGAGCCAGUGCAAAAAGGUUAAUCAUGUUCAUUGUAUCUGUUGUAUCAACACCUAAACACAGCUCAGGAGUUUUGUUCACAGGAGUUUUUUAUUUUCUUCAUUCCCCUCCUCAGCUUCUGUGGAUCAGAUGAUGCUGAAAAUGCUCCUUUUACUCAAACUUUAGUUUUUUGCUGAUGUUUUUCAUCAGAGAAAUGAACCAUCAUGAAUUUCCCCCUCCUCCUCCCCUGUGACAGGAUGCUGAACCAUCACUGCAGAAGGAACCCCGAGCUUCAUGAGGAGCUGCAGAUUCAGGCUGCAGUGGCAUCAGGAGAUGUCUGCACCGUGCGGAGGAUGCUGGAACAAGGAUACUCGCCGAAGAUCAGAGAUGCGAACGGCUGGACCCUGCUGCACUUCUCUGCUGCCAAAGGGAAAGAGAGAUGUGUGCGGGUCUUUCUGGAGCAUGGAGGUCAGACACUUUGUGGUUUAUCAUCUGAUGCUGACCAAUUCUCUGUUCAAACACUAGAUGGCACAAUUUCAAAAGAGAAGAAAGUCUGAUUCAUCUCCAUGUCAGCAGACACAUGGUUUCCAGAGCCAGACAAAUGUGCAGUUUAAACAGAAUAAAUACAACACUUAUUGUUUUACAAGAUGAAUUCAUGGGGACAGUGAAUGUGAUUAUACUCAGAGGUCCUCUGCAGGUAUAUUAUGAAGGUAAUUGGCAGAUUAUAAUUGUUUUCAGGUAAGUGUAAACUUCUUUUUAAUGUUGUUCCAAGCAAAGGCUGGAGCAUCAUGUUCACAAAAGAGGGACACGAUUUGAUGUGGAACAGAGUACAUACUGAACACUAGAGCUAAGCCUGCAGAACAAGCCCAUCCCAAGUGCCUUUAAACAUACUGAUCUGCCAGCAGAAGAAAAUGCAAUCAUCUCUUUGAAGUAAAUGUGUUCAUUAUAACUAGGGCUAACUACAGUAAACAAAAUAACAAUAUGAUACCAUUAGAUUACUCAGUUUUACCUGAAGUCCAGCUGGCAUGGGUGUAAAACUCACUUCUUUAUCUCUGUAUAAUUAAUCUCUGUUUCAGUUCUGUUGGACCUGAGUGCAGCCUUUGACACAGUGGAUCACACAAUUCUCUUAAACAGACUCCAUUCCAGACUAUUGCAAUGCUCUCCUCUCUGGUCUCCCUAAGAAGAACAUUUCACAGCUUCAGCUACUACAAAAUUCAGCUGCACACAUGCUGACCAAGACCAGGAGGAGAGCCCACAUCGCACCAAUUUAAAAAUCUCUGCAUUGGUUACCUGUGUCUUUUAGAGUAGAUUUUAAGUUAAUUCGUUUUUAAAGCUCGUAAUGGUCUUUGUCCUUCUUAUUUGUCUGAUUUGCUUUUACCAUAUGAACUUAGUAGAGCCCUCAGAUCUUCAGGUGGUGGUCUUUUAAUUGUUCACAAAGUAAAAACCAAAACAUACGGUGAAUCAUCGUUUCAACAUUACGGUCCCCAUCUGUGUAACAGCCUACCUGCAGACCUGAGAGCGACACCUACUGUUCAUAUUUUUAAAAGUAACUUGAAGACCUACAUUACAUAACAUUAGUCUGACUUUUAGUUGAAUUUUGUUUUAAUCUUUAAGUCCGCAUUAUGUGAUGUUAUGCUAUUUUAGUCCUAGAGUAAUUAUUUUGUGUUUUAUUACCUCUUUCUAAUGUACUUUCUUUUAUUGUUUGAUUUUAAGACUUUUAUUUAAUUAAAUUUUAACGUUUUAUCACCUUUAUUAUAUUUUAUCAUGGUUUUAACGUUUUAGUCCGAGAUCCGGUGUUUCCUCAUCUUUUUUAACUCAAGAUAGCGUUUCCUCAGUCAUCUGUGGCAAGUUGAAGUGUUCUGGUCUUUAGUGUGUGCAUCUGUGUGUGUUAUUGUGUGAGUGCUGUAUGUGUUGAAUGGAGGGUGGGUGGGGUUUGGUAUUUGUAUUUUUAUUUAUUUUAUUUUAUAGUUUUUUUUAAUAUCAUGCGUGAAUGGACAGCACUUUGUGCUACAUUCCUUGUAUAAAAAGUGCUUUAAAAAAAAAGUUUGAUUGAUUGAUUAAUUGACUUCUUAUAUCCUGUUUGACAGGCUCUGCUGAAUCAGGUGUACAAAACUGGAGUGCAUGCAACACGUCAGGCUUAGAUAAAGUAAAAAAUAAAGGGAUCAAUCCAGGGCGCAGUGGAGCUAAGCAAUGACAUGGGACAAACGUCAGAGCCCCAGAUGUCUGUUGUGAAACUGAAACACCAGUCAGCUGCUUUUCUUUUGAUUGUAAAAUGAGGUACAUUCAGAAACCUAACAUUCUGAGCAGAUAUGUAAGCUGUCAGAGGCGAGGGUUUGUCCUGGUUAGCUUGUGUCUUAAAAAGAAUUUCUCUCUAAAAGCUCUGAGUGAGAGAAGUCCAUCAGGUGAGGAGGCUUAUGUGGCCGGUGAAAUUGCAGUUGAGGUCCAGCUGAUCAUCACAGCCUCUGAGAAAAUGUCCUGCUUUUUUUGACAGUUCUUUAACUUGUUGUCUCUGUGCCUCCCCUCCCUUUGUAUGCAGCCGACCCCACAGUGAAGGACUUCAUCGGAGGCUUCACAGCACUUCACUACGCUGCCAUGCACGGUAGAGCACGUAUCGCCCGACUGAUGCUGGAAUCUGAGUUUCGCAGUGACAUUAUAAAUGCAAAGAGCAACGAUGGCUGGACGCCGUUGCAUGUGGCCGCCCACUACGGCCGGGACUCGUUUGUACGCCUCCUCCUCGAGUUCAGGGCCGAGGUGGACCCACUUAGUGACAAAGGCACAACACCGCUGCAGUUGGCCAUCAUCCGUGAGCGCUCCAGCUGUGUACGAAUCCUGCUGGACCACAGCGCCAACAUCGACAUUCAAAACGGUUUCCUGCUGCGGUACGCCGUCAUCAAAGGCAAUCAUUCAUACUGCCGCAUGUUCCUGCAGAGGGGAGCGGACACUAACCUGGGACGUCUAGAGGAUGGUCAGACCCCUCUGCACCUGUCGGCCCUCAGGGAUGAUGUUUUGUGUGCUCAGAUGCUCUACAUGUAUGGGGCGGACACCAACACCAGGAACUAUGAGGGCCAGACCCCCUUAGCUGUUUCUGUUAGCAUGUCUGGGAUCAGCCGGCCCUGUCUGGACUUUCUUCAGGAAGUCACCAGUGAGUCUCACCAACACAAAACUGACACUCGACAUAUGUACAUUCUAAAAUAAGCAACAAGUUAAAUGAAGGAGCAUCCUUGUUUUGAUAAGAGUAAAAAAAUUUCAGAUCUUUUAAACAUACGCCCUAUAAAUUAUACAUAACAUGAGUUUAAAUGAAAUGACAGUUGAAGUUGAGUUACCAUGGUACCACAACUGUAAACUUUGUUAAGAUACAGGAGAUGUUUCAUUAUGUAGUCCCUUUUAAGACCGCAAAAGAAAACGUAGCUAAGUCCCCAAAUGAGGUCAUUUAAUUUAUUUUAAUGCAAAUUUUACCUGCAAACAGUCUCAGUGAAUGAAAGUCUAUGAAGCUCCAUUCACCAUCCAUAAACUGUUCUUGUCACUUAGCAAUGGGUGGCAACCUGGCCAACCAGCUAGCAUAAUUAGCAUAACAUAAUUUAAAACCAUCACAGACAUUUUGAAGAUAGUAUGUAAGUAAGAUAGUAAGAAGAUAGUAUGUUUCUCAUGAAACAUACUAUCUGCUGUUUGCUGGGUCUGCUGUAUUAGUUAAGUUCGGUACUACUUGUACUGUCCUAAAGUUUAUGAAAGGAUCCAUAAAUAGAUGGUUUUGCAGACUCAAAGAAUAACAGCCUGAGCCUGUCAGUGAAAAAAAUCAGGACUUACAUAAGGCAUGUUUCUCAUCUCAUUUGAAACAUUUUUCAACUAUGUAAAAUCUCCGAUCCACUGUAGGUAUAUUAGUCAAAUCAUACAGUUUUAUAGGAUCCUUGGUUUUCAAUAUUUUUGAAAUGAGCUUUGCACGCCUCAGUGUGCGUACCGGCCAGGUAUACUUGCUGAUUUGCUCACGGUGGGAAAGUUGGACACCCUUAACCAUGAAAAUCAAUCCGGGGAAGAGGGUGGGGCGAAGAGAUGGAUUCCUGGUUUAAUACAAAAGUGACAGAGAUUUUUGUUGUAAGUUGAGAGGAGUAAAAUGUGAGAAAUGUAUAAAGAGAAAGAGGGCUGCUUGCCAACACAGAGGUUAUAAUGAGCAGUGUUCAGUCCCAGAACAAUCCCAGGUAGGAUGAAGAGGAGAGCACAUUACCUGGAGCAGUAUGAUUUAGAGGGAACAAUGGCUGCAUUCCUCUGGCCCCCUUCACUUUGAUAUCAAAGAUAUCAAAGAGCUGUUCUCUAAUUCUGACAAGCCCUUUCAGAGAGUCCAGACCUUCAGGCAGAUCACAUAUCUGCUGCCUUAUUGAUUACACCUCUGCCUCCUGGAUUAACUCAUGUGCCAUGAAAGGCUUGUCCUGCACAGAAUGACAGGCACCCAGCUCUUGUCAACAGCUGCACACGUCAUAGUUACUCCCUGUGGGUUUUUCUCAUGUCAGAUACUGAAACAGGACCUGCCAUGCUCUUUUUAUACUCUGCUUGAUAGGCGAGUGAAGUCAGUGGAAGUAAUUAGCCGCGCAGAGAGACGACUGAAACUGUAGGAAUUACUAUGAAAAGGAUAAGGUAUAGUGAGGAGGUGGUUUCAGCUGAUUUGAACCUCCUCACCAGGGUGAGCUAGACUGCCUUAUCUCAUCCUGAAGACACUAACUUGCUGUUCAGUCAUUUGAUUCACAGUAAAUGCAGAUGGUUCCACUUGUUUGCAGGAUGUAGGCUGAUGCUUUGAAAUACUGUCCCAUUACUGCAAAGGUCAACAGAAGAUGACCUUAGUCUGUUACUUAUGGGGUCUAUUGAGACCAUGGACUGCUCUGGUUUUUCAUGUGAUUUUCUUUCUGUCACAGCUUCUAGCUGUUUCUGUGAGUUUACCUGCGUCAGGCCAGUGACAACCACACUUCACUUCCUGGAAAUAAGGGGCUUCUCCCAGACUGUUUGCAUAUGACUGAUAACAGGGUGCAGAGUGAGGGAUCAGAAGAGCUGGCUGCAGCUUUGUAAGACUAUCAUAGUUGCCUUAAUCAAGAUUUCGUUGUCUACCGCCAACUUUACAAUUACCCACAAUUGUGAUUUAGAGUGGAUCGUGUUGGUGGAGCAGCAAAAUAAAUGUCUGAAUGGCACUAAAUAAAUAUAUUUAAAUAUACAAAAAAAUGGAUACAUAUAUUUAAAUAUAUUAAAUAAAUAUAUUUAAUGCCACUAUGAGAUGAACAUGGAAACUACAGAGCCCAGCUUUUGAUCACAAGCCCAACAGAACAUCAACAGUGGCAGAGCGAUCACUGUAAAAGAGAUUUCUGAAAGUAAAUUUUGUGCUGUGCAUUCAAACAGAAGGUGUGAUAUCUUUGAUCACCAACAGACAAGGGUUUAUCAGAAGUGAGAGAGACAUUUAAAGAGACUGUUUGAUGAACAUGUAAGCUUAAAGAUGGGGUAUUGUGUAUUUUUUCAGACUGUAUACUUCCUCUCUGAUACCUCUUUAAUAUCUACAUAUAGAGCUCUGGCUAAGGGCAGCGCUUGAUGUUUUGGCCCUGCCCCCUUUAUUGUGGUCGAUGAGCAGAGCAGUGGAGCAGUGUUACCCUGCUCCUCUGUUGGUGUCACCUCACACGCUGUUGGUGGCAGGCUGUCCUGCUUUGCCUGAAGCAUGGGUGAACUAGUAAAGAGAGAUGAUAACACUGACACUAACAUUUUAAUGAGUCUUGCAUCUAAGAGCAGGCUCCCAUUUUGAGUAGUUUACAUCUAUUUUCUAAGAUUAUGUCAACAUAUGUUUACCUUGUGAUUUUAAACUUUGCGUUCAUGUAGUAUGGACACCAAACUUUGUAACUUUGUAGUUUUGGUUGUAAAUGUGGAAAAGCACAACACCAGCACUUCAAGUUUGGUAUUGCAGCCUACUUGAAACCAUCUUUGUACAGUCGGACAGAUGUGCACAGAAACACUGUGUCAAAUUGUUAGAAUAGCCUCUUAAGUGAAUAACAGACCAUGUGAUUAUUGCUUUGCCAAAACAGACACCUCCUUUCAACUUAACUGAAAGUUUGGCAGCUUCUGGUUGGUUCUCAUCAGAAUAAACUAGGGGUUUAAUGGUUCACAAAAAUCCUGGUUUGGUACGUACCUUGGUUUUGAAGCCACAGAUUGGUUCUGGAGCCAUGGAAGACAAAGGAACUGACACAAUGUGAAACCCUGAAAUGCAUUUUGCUGAAAUAUCAGCUUACUUUGCUUUCUCACCCUCAGACAUAAACACAAACAAAGCUUAUCUAUAAUAGCUGCUGAUAAACAGCCCAUUGUUUUAUGAGUCACUAAGUGUAAAUAUGCCCUAAACAUGUUUUUCCACUCAGUAAAAGAUGUUUCUGUUUCUCUUUCAGAACAACCUCGGACUCUACAAGACUUGUGCCGAAUAAAAAUCCGCCACUGCAUCGGCCUUCAGAGCUUGAGAUUUUUGGAGGAUCUACCAAUCGCAAAGGUUAUGAAAGACUAUUUAAAACACAAGUUUGACAAUGUGUGAAGGAGAUGAGGAAAGACAUAAAACCCUGCUGACACUUCUAAAGACUAUGCAAUAACUCUGCUCCCUGUCUGGAGGAACAGUCCGCAGGUCUGCUGUUGACGCGCUAAAGCUGUCUUUGCUCCGGUUUAGCACAUUAAAGAGCCCUCUGCUCAUGUUCGCUAUUUCGCUGUCUUUGAUUUUUAAACAGUUGCUUGAGGAUUGAAAGAAGAUCCACCUCCUGUGAGUCAUUUGUGGGAAAAGGAAAAUCUCAAUUCACAGCAGAUAGAAUUGUUACAACUGCAUCUGAAAGAAAUGUGCAUGACAGCGUUGAAUCCGUGCUUUUGUUUUGGGUUUAUUCAGCAGUUCACAGAAAUACCUCAGUUACAAAUGUUCAACUCAUCUACAUUACAUUUUGUUUAAAUACUUGUUCCACAGGAGUACCCACCAGUUCUGAGUUCAAACUGGAUGUCAGGGCAGAACAAAGGCAAGAGAAAUGGAAAGCUGUUCGGUAUGAUUUCUACGCGACUAAAUGUCUUCCUCACUGAUAAAUGUAAAAAAUUCUGAUUUCUAAUGAACAGGAUGUUCAGGGCUGCUGUAUGGCGCUUUGACAAAGUUAGGUUUCUCAAAGAGACGAACACCAGAUCUAAGUGACUUACCAUUACAGAGGGUUGACAUCUAACAUCGUAAACCUGGGAGCUUUUUUACUCAGGUUUUCAAUAAGAACGUUUAGCAUUGCCUUGGGAGAUUACUUCAACUUAACAGACUGUAAUAGCUGGCUGAACAUUUGUCAGGGCAACUGCAGCCCUGUUAGUGUUCUGUCUGAUUUGAUACUGUACAAACAGAGGCAGCAGUGGAUCAGGAGGUCCUUCCCUCAAAUUAACAUCUGUUUUUUCAGUCGAAUUUGAUGGCUUCAAAAAGAGCAAGGCUCUGUAAAGCACUGUGAGGAGUUUUGAACUGGUUUCACUUAAAAAAAAAAAUAGUGAAAUUACAUUAUUAGCGAUAAAAUCAGUUAUUUCCUCAUCCUAAAUUUGAGUGCCUGUGUAUGAGUCAGCCUUCAAAAAGCUGUGUCAGUAUUCAUCUUUCACCCUGAUGUGUCUUAGUUCAAAUGAAGCCCAUAAAGUUUGGUACGAAAUUAUUUUUUAGAUUAUUAUGUGAUGUACGUGUGGCUGAUAAUGGAGCAGGAUUUGUAAAAUAAUGUAAGUUAUCUACUGAAGUAACAUUUUGGAAAGGAACUCUGCAGCAAAGUCAAAAAGGUAAAACAGCUUGGAGCAGGAAUUCAACAGGCUGGUGUGUGACCACUGAGAACCAGAGUCUAACCAUGAGCAUCAUUAUUUCAUCCAGCUAUUUUGCAAGAUUGCAGCACACCUCUUGAAAGCUAACCGGGAGUAAAAAAAUAAAAUAAAAUAAAAUUACAAGGUUUUAUCAGUGUUAUGUUACAGUUACACAACUACAAGUCAUCACACUGCACCCUGUAAAAAGUUGUGUUAAACAAAAAAACUAAAGAUCUUGAUUCUGCAACACACUGGUGAUUAAAGAAAAAGAAAAAUGUGGCAGAAUUAAAAAAAAAAGUUCAAAAUUUAUGAGAGUGCACUCAUAAAGAUCUUACUAGUGAAUGAACAAAAUUUAAGUCAUACAUUAACAGAAAUAAACUUUUUAACAAGAUUACAUUUGGACAUUUAUGAGAAAAAAGUCUUGAAUUCAAGGGAAAACAAGUCAGAAAAACAAGCUUCCUGUGAUGAGUCAAUGUGUAAAAUGAUGAUUAUAGGGGUUUAACAAGGUUGACCUGCUGCCUGCACAAAACUAAAGAAGGUGGAUUGUCUUUAUGAAGUUAUACCGCCAAGUCAUGCUCAUUUGAGAUCAAACAGCAGUAGCAGAAGCAUGCACAGACUGCCAGUCAGAUAGUUAUUUGUGAAACCUAAGCUUUUACUUUAUAAAAUCCUCUAAAUUCAUAGUUUAAUGCUCUUCGCAUUGUCCCUUCGAAAAUAACAUCUAGAGAAACUGUGGACUAAAGUUAGGAGCAUUUUCUUUUAAGUAUUACAAAUUUAUUUUUGUAGAUUUACCAAUGCAUUUAGGUAAACAAAGUUAUUUUUUAUUUCUUUUAUUUAUUUAUUUUUUUGAUAAUGUUGCCCUCAAAGGGAUAUUCUGGCAUAAAACUAAGUUAGGGCCAAACACACCAUAACACUGAAUUAGACCCUCCUCGAGAGUUGCCAACUGCUUGCUUCUCUAGUUAUACCAACUUUAGUAAUGACCGCACAAUAGCAGUACACAGCGGUCUAUGGAUCCACCCACAAACCUCAACCAAAAAGCCACUCUAUAGCCACAAAUAAUGCUCAGAACAGCACCUAACUUCAUCAACAGUACAUAUAGGGGCCCAGCCAUAGUACUGGCUAUCAAACAUAUUUUUAGCUUUGCCUGAUUUCUUUAGCAAAGAGAUUAAAUACAACUCACCCACUCUCUUCCAGCAGCCGCUUGUUUGUGGAGGGAGCCGUGACGAGUCGAUCACCGAGUACAGUGAAUCAUUUCCAUGAAGUAAUAGUCAUCAUAUUAAUUAUCUUGAACUGCAGACACUGUAGUUCUUCUGCCUUAGUCUCAGUCUGAUUGCUUUCCAUGAAGUAAUAAUCAUAAAUGUUCUUCCUUGAACUGCAAAAUUCAGCUGCACUCAGUGAUGGACUCGUCAGGGCUCACCCACAAACAAGCGGCUGCUGGAGAAGAGUGGGUGAGUUGUGUUUGGUCUCUUAGCUAAAGAAAUCAGACAAAGCUUAAAAGAUGUUUGAUGGCUACUACUGUGGCUGGGACCCUAUAUGUACUGUUGAUGAAGUUAGGUGCUGUUCAAAGCAUUAUUUGUGGCUGUAGAGUGGCUUUUUGGUUGAGGUUUGUGAGUGGAUCCAUAGACCGCUGUGUACUGCAAUUGUGUGGUCGUUACUAAAGUUGGUAUAACUAGAGAAGCAAGCAGUCGGCAACAUUCAUCUCUCGAGGGGGUGCCUUACUUUGUGUUACCGUGUGUUUGACCCAACCGUAAAUUGACGCCGGAAUAUCCCCUUAAACUCCAUCACUGCACAUUCAUUUGAUCCAACAACCCCUCAUCCCCACAUCUUUCUGACUCUGGGUAUUGGUGCUUCUAGAAAAUGUAGUCUGCAUCCCAGAAAAACUCUCCUGGUUUCAUCCAGAAUCAACACAACUUAAAAACUCCUCACAGUGACACCAACAAACUGGUUUGUUAGACUGUCUGACACUAAGAUUAACAUGCUGAGCCUGUCAGAGACAAGAAAAACAACUUCAAGUGGACUGUGAUCUGAUCAGACAAUUUUGUUCUUAAGGAUUGUUUUAUUUUGUACCCAUACUUACCCAGUUAAAAUCCUCAUUUGUAAAGAUACGUCAUAACAGAGUUGAGGUGUAAGAACGACCCAUUCUCUCUGACGAACAGAAUAAAAGAAAUCAAAUGUACUUAAUUCUGACUCAAGUAAAAUUGUGGCUCGCAAAUAUAAUUGGAACUGAAUGUGAUUCCUCUUUGAAUCCAUUUGCUCUGCUGUAGUCAGUUAUCAUUCAACUUUUUUGGUCUGUUUUUCCACCUAGUGACAAACAUAUGAGUUUGGAGUAGGUGCACUGCGUUUACUCUCUGAAGCAGCCAUACGUCAAAUCAUUACAAGUCAAGUCUGAUUAGACAACACUUCCGCUCAAUCAGUAGAUGCUACAGUGGGUGUAAAUAUGUUACAUGUACAACAGAUAUUUUUGUAGACUUUAUUUAAGCAAUGACCUCUGGUAUUCAUACUGUAUUUAAAGUUUGGACAGUGUUGUGAUUUCUUUGGUGUGACUCGAUUAUUUCUUUCUGUAUGUUUGAGUUCAAAUGCUCUGUUGUAAAAAAAUACUUUGGAAUCAGAUAUUCUCUCAUUUUUAAAGCAGAAAUGUUGGGUGCUUUCUUAAAAUUCAUCAUCUCUUGCAGGUAACUGUUGUAGAGAUAAUACUGUGAAUUUUUAAUUUUGAACAUUUAAAAUAAAAUGUAGAAACUGGGGUUAAAGUUCUGCCUUCUCAACAGGAUUUUUUUGUGAUUUUUCUGUCUUUGUGUGUUUAGCCAUGCAGAACUGUGCAACUUGGGCAUCUUGGGAUCUUGGGGGUCGUGGUGUGUGUGGGUGGUGGUGGGGGUGUGGGUGGUGGUGGGGGGGUAACAUUUAGCUAAAGAGAGGUUAAAGCAUGAAGAGCUCUUCAUGCGAACAAAGCUGGGUUAUAAUGGGAGAGGAAAGGAAGGUCCGCAAUAGACCCAGAAUAAGACCUUUGUUAUAUAGCUGUCAAGGGAAAAAAAUGAAUGGAUAAGUAAUGUAAAAGAGGAAGAACAGGAGGAGGAAAAGAAGUGAACAAGAAAUGGGAUUUGAACCUCUGAACACAGCUCACUAAAAUCAAAAACGUACAGGCAUGAUCAGACUAGACUGAGAAUGUGUAUUUAGCCUCCUGUCAUAAAUAUAGAGCAUGCUUUUGGCGCUUAACAUGAUUAUCUAGAAGUAGAUAAACCCUAAUGUAUGAGCAGGAUAAGGCUCACAUAGAUAACACUGAAUCUUAGCAGGGCCCUUUCUCUGCAGAGUGAGCAAGUUCUGGAUUUAAACCCAUGCUUUGGAAUAACCCUAAUGUACUGGUACUGGCAGCACAUUGCUGUGGGAGAAGGCAAUAAGGGGGAGGAAGUGGUCACACAUACUUGGAGUAUCUUGGAAAAAAGUUUUCUUACUUUAUACCCUGAGAUAUACCCUGAUAACAAGUAUUUAUAUUACCCAGGGUACAAGUACUCUGAUUUCUGAAAGCUGAAGUGAAAGGACUCUGAUAACUCAUCAUCUGACACCUUUAAGGAAAUGUGAUCAGACCACGUUUUCUGAGUACUUAAAAAAAAAAAAAAAGUAAGACACUGAAUUUAUCAUCAGCACACCUCUGUUGACAGAUUUGGUAAUAACUGAUGAAACUUUCGUACCAAGCUGCAGGUUGUCAUGUGAUAGCGGUUUAACCAAUCAAAGCAUGACUGAAGAAACCCAAGCAGGAAGUGGAUAUUUAACUUCAUUCAUUUUGGUUCAAAAGUUUGUGUUUCAGUGGCUCUAAAGCAAUUAGGAGUGUGGAUGCUGGGUGUAAAUAUGACACCAGCUGAGUAAGAAAACAUACAGAGGGACUCAGCUGUUUGAUCUCUUGAUGAGUUUUUUGUUAAACAUACAAUGUGCUGUGAAAGGAGACAAAGGGCAGAAAUGAUAGCCAGUGUGGUUCAAUUGACGUUUUACUCGAUAGUAAACCCUAAACAUUGGAUUUAAAAUGUCAAACUGUUUCGUGCCAGUCAAGGAAACCAGGACCCAGUUGCAGAGUUCAAACAAAAGGUUUUAUUGACAAAAAGGUCACCGUAGAAAGUUCACAAGGAAAAUGCUCAAACCAAGUCACAACCGAAAACACUCACCUCCUCACUAGGAGGAAAAGUAUCAACAACAGAGAAAAACAGAAAAUCACCAUAUACUGGGAACAAACAACAACCUCAAAGUUACAACAAAAGUUGUAAGUCGAGUUACGUGGCAAGGCACUUAAAAAACUUGUACUAAACUCGAGGAAGACACAGAACUACGCAUGGCGACGGGCAGGAGAUCACUGAGAGCUAGAGCUUGGUGCAGAAGCAAAGGGAACAAUCCGGCACAAGAGACUGGGAGGGAGCAGCUUAAAUAGCCAGGUAAUUUAGGCAGAACAAGCUGCAGGUAUGCUGGAAGCUCUGCUCCCAGAGAUCGACCCGCCCCUCAUCACACCCCCUGCAGGAAGAGGGAGAGAGAGGUCAUAACAUGACUUCACAAAACAAGGCAGAAACAGGAUUAUAACACAAACCAGGCUGCUGAGGUGAAAGGUCAUUUUGGAAAUGAAAAUGUACAAAAGGUUCUGAUCUUCGGACUCUGUGUGGCUCAACAACAACAUUUCCUCUUUGUUUCUGCCUCCUGUUUUUCCUUUGUGCUCUGUCGUUGGGGAUGGGGUUUUUACUUUCCAUUUGUUCUCUGUGAAAGCAAAGAGCUGCACUUAGCUGAGGUGACCUAAUAGUGCUCUGUGAUAUACUCUUACUCCUGCUAACAGGGUGCUAUCACCGAACAGAUCACUGGUAGCGUUACAUGAUAAAACAAUGGCAUCCCUCAGCAGGCCAGCGAGUCUUCAGACAGCAGGAACAAUAGCAGCUUUGUUCUGAGUCUGCACGGCUCUGUGGGCUGUCCAAAAUUAUCGACAUGCUUCUUCGUCUCCCACCUGAUCCCUCCUCCUUACUGUCCUACUCACAUCAAAUAUUUGCACAUGCCCCCUUAGGUGGGUUUACUGAGACAGAAGCUGAUGAAUCACCUUUGGAGUCAUGUAACAUUUAAGUAAAGUUCAACAUGUGAUGAAGAACUUUUACUUCUGAUAAGCUAUUACACUCUGUCAACAUGCUCAGGCUCUGGGCCUGCACAACAAAACAGAUUUUAGUUAUGGAGGAAACUUCAGGGUCAAUUCUAGGUUUUAGGUUCAAUGAAGGUGGUUCACCUCUGUCGAUAAUGCUUAAAACUGCGCUUUCACGCUGACAGAGCAGUUUCCUCACUCAAAAACCGUGAGUUUUUAAUGGAAGUGGAAGCUCUUUUUCCAGAUUACUGCAAAGUCCACAUUCAACACAUCAGUACCAGUGUCAUCCUCUGAAGGACAACUCAAUUCUGCAGUGACUGGCAUAGCUUUAGACCGAGAUGCUGGCCUCUUUCUGUCUGUGUCAUCAACCUUGAAUCAUCAUUAGAGUCACUAAAACUCAGUCUUUUCUGGGGAGUCCCUGAACUUCAUCAUGCUGUAGGUUCCUCUGGAUCACUGCUGCAGAUGUUUAGCUGCUGAGGACCCGUCUACUUUACAACUGCUUCAACUAUGAGCAUCAGUCUCUCCUCUGUCCAUCUCUCUCUUUCUCCAUCUUCCUCUCUCCCCUCUCUAAAUCCAGCUCAGUCUCAGCAGAUGACUCUCUAACAUGAGUCUGGUUCUGCUCGAGGUUUCUGCCUGUUAAAGGAAGUUCUUUAAGAUUCCAUCUUUACAUUGGGUCUUUGUGAAUGAAGUCUUGUCUAAACCAGCUUUUUUGUUCAGCAUCUUGGGAAAACAAUUGUUGUGAAUCUGUGCUAUAUAAAUUAAGCAGCUCCCCCAGGUUACUUGAUGGAUCCAUUUCAGUCCAGAGACCGAUGCCUUAUGGAGACACAGUCAGGCCUGAGAGUUUUGGUCGUAGGUAAAUGAGACAUAUUGGUCUUCAGGAAGAGGCAUUCCUGUCGCUCUCAUUGGUUCAUUCCCAUCGGUAUUCCUCAAGGGACUCUUUAUCUCAAUGCUUACUGCUGACACAAAGAGGCCCUUUCUGAUCUGCCCUCUGUUACCAUAACCAGCUGUUAGCUGUAGCGUUUUAUUAAGACUUCAUUUUGUGGUGAAAGCACCUCACCGUCUGGCCAGAUGCAGCGGUUACUGAGGCAGAACUGAGAGGCAGAGAAGGCAGGAAUUCCCAGACCCUUCUCUCCCUCUCUGCUCCCUGCUGCUGCCACUAUGUACAACACUCCUCUGGAGGCACUGUCUGUGGACAUAUAUCAGGUGUACUUUUGAAAAUUGUUGCCUAAAUUAAGCCUUCUGUAAAGCUCAGUGACAAUAAGCAAACAACUGAGCAGAUUUUCUUAAUGUGAAAAUAUAUUUCGACCCUCAGUCACCCACUUUACAAAGAGGAAAUUGUUGACCUGCCAAGCUGUAGAUAGAUCUCAUGGGUUCUAAGGUUCAUGUCAGAGAUUCCUCUCCCCCAGCUCUGUAGAAUGCAUGGACUUAGGUAAGUGCUGCUCAAAGAGAUGGUAGAUGUGACACAAAGGAACAGAAAGGUCACAGUCAUUACACUCACGCACACCGAGCACUUAUGAAAAUCUCUGCCCACACACAUGCACACACAGACACUGCUGUGAUUACUCUGUGAUUACACAUGGAUCCUCUUCAAUUUUAUCCAGCCCUUCAUCUUCAUCUAAUCUUAACCCUGACCCAACCCUUCUGCAAAUACCCAAACCAUCUGCAAAUAGAGAGAUGAUGCAAAGUCAUUAAUUCAUGCAGGUCCAAAAAAGUUGUCACAUGAUGGAGAUGUGCUGCAAAUGAAAACUUCUUAAUAGCAGUGCAUUAACAACGGACACAGUGCAGAAUGAACAAUGCAAAUCCAAGGCCCAUAAAACCCUGUUUUACUCCAUUUUAUGCGCCUAGAAUUUUUAACUGCACAGAAAGUUAAAAACUUGAAGCCCAUGUAUCAACAUCAUGAGUCCAGCCUGCUAAGCUCAUAGUUUGGAUCCCACUCAGAUAUCCUUCUUUACAAACUGUGCCCUUGAGCACACUCUGUUCACCUGUGAGUAGCUAUGCAACACAUUGACUACCAAUUAGUCUCACUCGUGUCCUCAUGGACAUCUCAGUCAUUUGUCAGAAUGUAAAAAAGGCCUCAGAGACCUCCAUGCAGAUGAGUGGCAGGAAUGGUUCUACUAAGGGUUUAUUUUCUGCUGCAGGAAAAUAAUAAACAGAUGUGGGGUGAGGUCCUCUGGCCUGACCAGGAUCAGGUUUGUUCAUAUUAUGUUUUAUGAUCAUUUUUUUUUUUUAGUUUAGCUGAAGACUUUGAAUUGCAGUAGUAAUACAUAAUAUAUAUUUCUUCAGUUAACUUAUUGUAUUUGUUCACUGGUUUUCCUUGGAGUGACUUAUUGCUCUUACACAGGUGAAAUUACAGAGUUCUACUACAUACUACAUAAAAUGGGUGACAUUAGUGUUGUAAGCUGUAUACGGGCUGCCAUAAAUUUCACCUAACAGAAAAUUCCAUGCACUUGCAUGCAUUUGUUAAUGUAACCUGUCCACAUGAAAUCAAAACUUAGAUAAAUAUUUUUAUAUCAAUUUUUUAACCUCAGUGUAUAUCUCAUUGUCCGUAAGGCAUCAACAUAUAACUGUGUGAACUAGUUUGUGUUUAAAGUGUAGAGAAACCGAGCCACAGUUCUUGAGUUCUCCAUUGUUGAGUUCUCUUUUUGCCAUUUAUUGAUUUAGUGAAAAACAAACAAAAAAGACAGGUAUGUCAACUUACUAUGAUGGUGAUGUGCAUGAUGAGGGUGAGAGUAGUGUGCUCUUCCUGUUCCCCAGAUCACUGCUUCACCUGUGUCCCUUUGUAGCAUUUACCUGCCUAUUUACCUUAAAUACCCCUUGUGGUGAUUGUGCGAGGAACAAAACAAAACCCGAAAAUGAAUUAGAUAAAAUGGCUCAUGCAGUGAUGAAUGCACUUACAGUUUUAGAGAAAGACCGUUUAAAAAAUGAGCCAAAAAAAGGAGAACCUGUUCAUAGCUUUAACAUCUCCUUAGAGACUUACCCAUGACGCGUUUACAAAGUUCAGACUUUGUAAAUUUACAGCUUCAUGCAGCAUCAGGUUAAAUGUGUAAUAUUUCUAAUUCCCAGUCCUUGCAGGUCUUUAAACUGAGUCAAGGACAGGACCCUUCAGACACAGGCCACUUUUAGAUGGAAAUGGCCUCCAUAGAAACAGAAAAAUUUAGUUUCUUUUAGGGGGGUCUGUUGAGACGGCAACUGUGUUUUCAGGAGAUAAAAACGUAACAAAGUGAAAACCCCCUCCAGAGUGGAAAUGUUGUAAACGCUCUGCUAGUCCCGCUUUCGUCAAAAGUACAAAAACGCUGAAAACAGUCAAACCUGUGACACCAUGGCUCACGUUUAUGACAUCAUAGCCAUGCGCAGCUUCCUUGAAAAUAACAACAACAGUCAUGCUAGACAUUCGAGUCGCGCUGUUGUUAUUAUUGAACGGGCAGGAGCUCAGUUUCGACCUGUACAGAAUCCUCAUGGAUCAUACUGCUCAGCAGAGGAGGCGUCUGAAUUAUUUGCAUCAAAUAAUUAAUGUAGAACGGAAGUUGUUCUACGUAUGCGUUGUUGGUCAAUAUAGGUGCGUGGUCACACCGACACGCACCACUUAGCGACCUGGCAUGCACAUUACAGCAUUUUCAACCACAUUGCGUUUUUGUGUAAACACAUCAUAAAAACUGACAACGAAACGGCACUUUUCCAUUUUCUAUGGAGACCUUUUCCGUCUAAAAGUGGCCACAGUUCUUGGAAGAGUUCUAGGUACUCAUGCAGGAUGUAUUUUCCUUUGACUGUAUUAGCUCAUCAGCAUGUUUCCACUCAUGUUUCUUUAACAACGGGUUUUAAGUGGACUACCAGAACCCUUCUAACAGGAGUAAGGACAACCUGAACAUCUCAUGUGAAUAAGAGAAGUCAGAUUGCAGUGAGUCAAAAGAAACUCUUCAUCUGUUCAUUUAGUGACUGUAAGAGGUCUGAACGCUGAAGUGCUUCUUAAAAACGAGAGUGAACAGAGCGACAGAGGAGUCGGAUUUUGAAACCUUCCUGUUUCACAUGGACUUACUCUGCAGCAGUUUACUGUACUAUUGUAACAGCAAUGUGGCCGCAGCUCAAAAAUAGAAACCUUCCUUUCCUCUCCCAUUAUAACCCAGCUUUGUUCGCAUGAAGAGCUCUUCAUGCUUUAACCUCUCUUUAACUAAAUGUUACCCCCCCCCACACACACACAUACCCCCCCAACGCACACACACACACACACACACACACACACACACACACACACACACACACACACACACACACACACACAUGCACACACACACAGGUUUAGACACGGUGGGAUUUUCUACACCAUAAGUCCUAGCCCUUAGCAUCAUGAGAUAUUGAUUUUUAUUCACAAGUGUCUGGGAAUAAGAUUAGAUUCGAUAAGAUAAAUUUAUCUUGGAUUAGUUUAGAUUAGAUUACAUACAACUUUAUUUAUCCUUUUAGGUAGGUUCCCUCAAGAAAAUCAAAAAAAAAAUGCACACAAAUAAAAACAAUCCAAAACCAAUAAUGUUUCCCUUACUUAAAGUAAACUUGACAACACUGAUUCCAUAAUUGUUAUAAAUGCUAACAAAAGAAAAUAUUUAGAGGAAAAAAUGCUUUGACUUGGUAUUGUCUGCAGAAAUCAGUCAUUGACUUGAUGAUCUGUUAUCUCUAUCUUAAUAUAAGUAAGGGAUGACUUCCAUACAUUCUCAUGUGAAUUUUAGUCUUAAACAUCAUGCUGCCGAUUUUGCUCAUGUUAGCAGUCUAAUGAUUGUUUUUGCAGGACAAGUGGCCCAACCAGGUCCGAGAUCUUUGCGGAUUAAAAUCCUAAUAAAUAUCAGGUGGGUUGCAGGUAUUUAUGAGGUCAUUAGACACCUGCAAUGGUCCUAUGAAGGUAAAAAUCAAUGAGUGCAAGUGCAAAGGUACAGUGUUUGGUACUUGGCUGCAUUAAGCAGAAAUAAAACAUUUUCAUUAGUAUGUUUGAAUUACUGUGUCAUCACCUGAGUAUAAAAACUAUUUGGUUUUGCACUUCUCCCUCACUUGCAGUGACAAAAGGAGUUCUCUAAGGGUCAUUGUUAAGUCUGCUGCUCUUUGUCCUUUACAAAAAUGGUUUUAAUCAAAAUGUGGCCAAUGCAAACUUGUAUUUUUAUGCAGAUGACCCAGUGAUGUACUGCCCUGCACCUACUCCAGACCAAGCUAAGUUACAGCUUGCUUUUAACACUGUCCAGCAAAAGUUUUUUGAUGUACAACUCAGUUGACAUGCAGAUAAUACAAAAGUCAUCCUGUUGUCAAAUGCAAAAUUUAAGUCCUCUAUCAUGCCGCCAUCUUUACUUCACAGGAUACAGAGAAGGAGUUUGUAAAUAUCUCAGUAUUUCAAUCAAUAUUUUUGUCUUUUAUACCUUAUAUUCAGCAGCUGGUAGGAAAAUUAAAAUUGAAACUUUUUUUUAUAUUUCAGGAUCAAAUGAGUCUAAAAAGAGACUAGUCUCUGCAAUGCAGAAACAGAAUAACAAAAAUAACAAAUAUUAAUGAGUGAUCAGUUGCAUAUCUUAGCAAUAUCAG